AUGGCCGUCUGCGACACCAAGUUCAAGCUCAACACCGGCGCGGAGAUCCCCGCGUUGGGUCUCGGAACCUGGCAAUCGGCUCCCGGAGAGGUCGAGCGCGCGGUCAGCCAUGCCAUCUCCGUGGGCUACCGCCACAUUGACACCGCGCACUGCUACGGCAACGAGGAGGAAGUCGGCCAGGGCAUCAAGGAGGCCCUCGCCUCGGGCAAGGUCAAGCGGGAGGAUCUCUUCGUGACCACCAAGCUCUGGUGCACCGACCACUCGCGCGUGGAGGAGGCUCUCGACAAGAGCCUGAAGCUCCUGGGUCUGGACUACGUCGAUCUGUACCUGGUGCACUGGCCCUUGGCCAUGAACCCCAACGGGAACCACCCGCUCUUCCCCAAGCUCCCCGACGGCUCCCGCGACAUCGACCAUGCCCACUCGCACGUCACCACCUGGAAGAGCAUGGAGAAGCUCAUGGGCACCGGCAAGGUCAAGGCCAUCGGCGUCUCCAACUACAGCGUGCGCUAUCUUGAGCAGCUCCUCCCCGAGGCCUCGAUCGUCCCCGCCGUCAACCAGAUCGAGAAUCACCCCUCCCUGCCGCAGCAGGAGAUUGUCGACUUUUGCAAGCAAAAGGGCAUCCACAUCACGGCGUACAGUCCCCUGGGUAGCACCGGCAGCCCGCUGUUCACCGCAGAGCCCAUCGUCGAGGUGGCCAAGAAGAAGGGCGUCACGCCUGCCUCGGUGCUUCUGAGCUGGCACAUCGCCCGUGGAUCCUCCGUCCUGGCCAAGUCCGUCACCCCGUCGCGUAUCGAGGAUAACCGCAAGCUGGUCCAGCUCGACUCGGAAGAUAUGGCCACCAUCGCCAAGUACACUGACAGUCUGGCCGCGACGAAAUCCUUCCAGCGUUUUGUGUAUCCGCCUUUUGGUGUCGAUUUCGGCUUCCCUGACAAGUCAUAG